AUGAAUGUGAAUACCUUGGGUCUGCCCAGCAUGUCUCGGUGUCCCAGCAAAGCAUUCUGGGGCACUCGCAGAGGUCCAAUCAUGCGCCGACAGAGGGAGUUUAUGCCGGAAGAGAAGAAGGACACAAUUUACUGGGAGAAACGGAGAAAGAACAAUGAGGCAGCCAAGCGGUCCCGGGAAAAGCGACGUCUCAAUGAUGUGGCCAUUGAAGGCAGGCUGACCAUGCUGCUGGAGGAGAAUGCUAUGCUCAGGGCUGAGCUGCAAGCUCUCAAACUUCGAUUUGGCCUCUUGCCUUCGGUGUGUGCUUCCCCGACGUUGCCCUUGCAGGCCUUGCUGUGGAAAUCUUCCUGGACUGGGGACUCCCACUCAGGGGCUGAGUCACUCUUAUCUUUGCCUGUUGCCCGCGACUGCCUGUUCAAACCGUGUGCCAUGGAUUCUGGGAUUCCGGGUUGCUCAGGCUGCCUGGUGGCUCGAGGGUGGGCAGGCUUAGCUGUUUCCCCUGGAUUCUUUCAGGAGUCAGAGCCCAUGACCCCUAGGAUAGUUGACAGAAGCUUUCAUUCCACCUUCCCAGCUGCUGUCUUUGGUUGUCACUUCUUAGAUGGGCAUGUGGGGCCCAGAGCAGAGCUCAAGGCUUGUUGUAGGCUGUGGUCUCCUGUGCCUACUGGAGCCCAUGCCCCAGGGCCCUCAGAUAUAUCGCCGACAUCCUCGGAGAGUUCCAUGGGGUGUUCACCUGGUACGUCCUGCCCUGUCCUAGGUGACAGGUCUGAGGGUCUGGCUCAGACUUCCCUGCCUCACAAGCUGCGCAUCAAAUCCCCAGCAGUAAGCAGCUUAUGUUGA